AUGACGGCUUGGGCUAGACGCGCUGACGGCAGCGGUAUUUACACCCGGACAUGCGGCCCCAUGGAACACGCAUACGUUACCAUGGUCCACACCACCCGCAGCCACGGCCGCGAAGACUUUGUCAUCAGCUACAUCCUCCAGUUCAGGGAGGAUGCUGAACCUCUCGGCCAUCAACUGCUCCUCAAGCAGCGGCUGCGCGAAGCCUGGAAGGUCCUCCGCUUCGAGCACCCCAUGAUCGCCGUCGAGCUGGGCCAUGACGGGCAGUCUCUGCUGUACGCAUCAACCGUAGACCAAAAUUCCUCGCUGGAAGACUGGCUGGCCGAGACAUUCAUCGUUGAGACGGACGAGCAAAGACCGGCCGGGGCGGUGUUCUCCGAGCUCCGGCCGCCGCGUCUCAUGGAGCUGCGGUUUCUCCCCAAUACAGGCGAGCUGCUCCUGCGGUCGUCGCACUGGCGCAUCGAUGGGGCCGGAUGCUCGCUGCUGAUGGACCGUUUCUUCGACAUCAUGGCGACCGAAGAGAUGGGUAGCCUGGCGUGGGGCGAGGAAAUUUCCAGACUCCCUCCCGCCCUCGAGGACGCCCUGCAGUUGCCGAGUGAGUCAUCGCCGGAGCAUCAGAAAUGGGGCUCGGAGUGGAUUUCCGACUUUGGGUCGGCAUCGCCGUCCGUCGGUCUUCCUUGCCGUCCGAAUCCCGAGCGGAACCCGGGGAGCCCCGGUCGCGAGCUUCUCGUCCUGAGCGAAGAGGAUACGGCCACGCUCGUUUCGGCGUGCAAGACUGCCGGCAUUACCGUCACGGCAGCUCUCCACGCGGCCGUCAUUCUUCAAACGCGGGAGAUGGCCCCGGCGGAAACAAGGAGCAACAACUUCAUGGACGUUCUCAUGUGUGACUUGCGGUCCUACCUGCCUGAGCCGUAUAACACGAGUGCCUACGCCGUGAUAAUCUGCUCCAUGCCGCAGCUCGGCGUCUUUGGCUCGCUCGCCGAGCGGGACUUCCUAGGUACGGCCAGGAUAGUGAUGGAAAGCUCCAGGGUGUAUGACAUGCACAUGAUGCUACAGUCGCUGCGUCCUGCCUCGGUUGCGUUCAAGCAGAUGCUGGAAAUGGGCGCGGCUUCGACAGAGGUUAUGGCAGACGCCUGUGGUCGUACCACCCGUGGUGAGUAG